CCUCAAGCUCUUAACAUGGUGUUUGGUCCACAGUAAGCCCUUAAUAUAUGCUUAUUGUUAUAUUGAUAAUGAUCAAUCAUCUUAUUAUUUUCUCUUCCUAGUGAGCCACAGGGGCAAAACUUGGUUCUCUGUACAAGAGGAACAAGUGAACAUAAGAGAAACACCAAGGAGGAAGAGUCCUUCUCUCGCAGUCAGCAUGUACAAGCUAAUAUUCUGCUGCUUAUUUUUUGCCGGCUUCUUAAGUCCCUUCUUGUCUUUUCCCAUCAUCGAUUCCAGUGAAGUGGCAAAUCGGCUCUCAGCAGAUGAUGAAAAGCUAACCUUGGAAAACCUGGACAGACCUUCCUUCUUGCAAAUGCUGCCAGAAAUCUUCAAUGCAGAAGCAGAUAAAGAUUCCAGGAAAGCUGAUCUUAGUGCUGACAUUUUUGAUCCAAGAGAAAAUGCCAGAAAGGAUCAGCGCUCUAUUGAUCACUUAACUGGACCCGAAUUGAGCUGUAUCAGCUGAUAUAGGAGCCAUGAUGGGACAGGCUUGUGAAGCAAGGCUGAAGAAGAAGUAGAAGAGCAGAUUUUUGGGCUUUAUCCAAGAGGGGAAACUCUUAAAAAAUCUUCUAAAACCAGGGACACGGUGGGAAAUUAAGUCUAGCCCCUGGAAAAGAGCCUAUAAACACAUGCUUAUAUCAUCUACAUUUCUAGAAAGAAGGAGAAAAAGUCAAGACAAUGGAUCCUGAAAUGAACUAAGGGAUGAUGGAGUAACUUCUGAGUAAGAGUAGGCUUGAGAUUAGUAAUGUCUGGUUAGAAAAAAAAUUGGGAAUGAGAUAUGAUUGAGGUCUAUGAAUUCGUGAAGAGCCUAGAUAUUGGGUAUUGGAAUGAGAUAGGUAAGUUUAGGACAAAUAAAAGAAAGAAGGAUUUUAUACAAUGGGUGGAAAUGCAAGAAACUUGUUACCCUUAGUCACUCAGUAUUUGUGCGAUCCUGAUCUGUUUGCCUCAGUUUCCUCAUCCAUAAAGUUGGUAUAAUUGUAGCUAUUACACAGCUUAUAAUAUAUAGGGAUGUUAUAUAUCAGAACUAUUGAGCUGUAUGAGAUAAUAGUUAUAAAAAUGCUUAGUAAGCUUCUGGCACAUAGUAACUUGACAUAUAAAUGUUAGAUCUUCUACUUGUUAUUACCUUGACACGUUAUACAUAUAGAUUAAAAUAGAAAUUGGUUUAAGAAGAAUUAAAUCAUAGCAAUCCACAUUUAACAGCCACAUUAAAGAGAUUAGCUGCAUCUCUAAGCUUUUGCAGCUGACAUCAGGUGGGCAAAUACGUGAUGCUCCCUGCCCCCUCCACUCCUUCAAACAACCUUUGGAGACAUUAAUUUGAUCCAGUUUGAUUCAAUUCAAUGGAUUUCAUUCUUUCCAAAGGGAAUCCUAGUCAUAAAGACAGCGCCUAGAUGAGGUAGAUGGUCCCUUUGAGGACAACAUAUGCAGCAGAGAGAAAGGGAAUUUCAAAAUUUUUUAAAAAUAAAUUUACCAUAUGCCAUUCUGGGACAUUUUGUUCUCCAGGUCAUUAGGAGUGAUUCAUUAUACUAUACACUAUAAAGUUUGCA